GCCUUCCCUCCCACCCCGUCCACACAUACACACACACGGUUGCCGGAAGAAACUUUUGAGCUGCUAAGCCCAUCUCCUCACCUUUCUGCUGGGACGUUGAAGCUCCUGCCCUCCGCAGUCCCGGACGCCUGUCACGGGGAUGGGCCUGGCCAUCAGCUAUGGAGAAGGACGCGGCCACAUCUCCACAUGAUCCUUCCCGAAUAACAGCAGGGCCACCUCCAGACACGUGGCCCAGUGCCUCGGUCUCGGUGCCAGACCUGCAUCGGUCUGGGAGGAAGCCGGCUCUGCGGGGGGCGAUUUGAGGGCUGGGCUUGCAGCCCCCGACUUCGCCUCUUCUCUGCUCACACCCAUGCCCGACGCCUCCGAGGACUCUGCUGUAUUCACGUCUGGAAAACCGGCACUGAGCCAGUCACUGUGGCCUCCUCACGUCUGGACACUGUCCUGUGGCUCCGGUGGCCGCCUGGAGCCCGGCGGCUGACACUGGGGGGCCGGAAGGGAAGCAGCCAGGGGCUGUGGGCAGGGGAAGAGCCCGGGCUCCCGCGAUGGCGUCCAACGACACGGCCUCGUCCGCCUGUCUGGACUCGGCCGCCUUCAAGGUUGCCGUCAGCACGGUGCUCACGGCCCUCAUCCUGGUCACCGUCGCCGGCAACGUGGUCGUCUGCCUGGCCGUCGGCCUGAACCGCCGGCUUCGCAGCCUGACCAACUGCUUCAUCGUGUCCUUGGCCGUCACCGACCUGCUCCUCGGCCUCCUGGUGCUGCCCUUCUCAGCCCUCCACCAGCUGUCCUGCAGGUGGAGCUUCAGCCAGGCCUUCUGCAACAUCUACACCAGCAUGGACGUGAUGCUGUGCACGGCCUCCAUCCUCAACCUCUUCAUGAUCAGCCUGGACCGGUACUGCGCCGUCACGGCCCCCCUGCGCUACCCCGUGCUGGUCACCCCUGUCCGGGUCGCCGCCUCCCUGGUCUUGAUCUGGGUCGUGUCCAUCACCCUGUCCUUCCUGUCUAUCCACCUGGGGUGGAACAGCAGGAACAAGGCCAGCGCCAUCGAGGACACUGCCCCGCACUGCAAGGUCCAGGUCAACCUGGUGUACGGCCUGGUGGACGGGCUGGUCACCUUCUACCUGCCCCUGCUGGUCAUGUGCGUCGCCUACUACCGCAUCUUCAAGAUCGCCCGGGACCAGGCCAAGAGGGUCCACCACGUCAGCUCCUGGAAGGCGGCCACCAUCCGGGAACACAAAGCCACCGUGACGCUGGCCGCCGUGAUGGGGGCCUUCGUCGUCUGCUGGUUCCCCUACUUCACCGCCUUUGUGUACCGCGGGCUGAAAGGGGACGACGCCGUCAACAAGACCUUCGAGGCGGUGGUGCUGUGGCUGGGCUACGCCAACUCGGCCCUGAACCCCAUCCUGUACGCCACGCUGAACAGGGACUUCCGCAGCGCCUACCAGCGUCUCCUGCGCUGCUCGCCCGCCGGCCGCGAGGCCCACGGGACUUCUCUGGUGUCCAGCAGCUCUCGGGUCUCCAGGACUCAAAGCCAAGAGCCCGGGCGGCAGGAAGAGAAGCCCCUGAAGCUGCAGGUGUGCAGGGGGAGCGAGGUCGCAGCGUCCUGGGGAGCCACGGACAGGUAA